UAUUCUUAUGAGAUGACCACCACCAGUGCCAAACUUUUAAAGCUCGCACUUCCGCUCGUCAAAAACCAUGGAUUCACCCAAGAAGUGCUGUCCUUGUCGGCGUUGUCCCUACCCACACCACUAGCUAAUCCUCUCCCAGACGCGAGCGUGACUGCGCUGUUUGGCCCAGGAGACGAUGCAUGUAGGACGCUCGUGCAUGCGUGGCUUGAUGAUGCAAGGCGUAGGAUGAAGGAAGAGUCGACAGAAAAGAUGGGAAUGGGAGAUGUGUUGAAGGCAAGGCUGAAGAGCAACGAACCGGUGCUGGAGCACCUUCCAGAGGCGUUUGCACUCCUCGCUUCCUCACCCUUAUUACCUCUACUUCUGCUCCCGGUGGACCCUGCGCCGAUAAUCAAACAUACUGCUCAAGUAUCUAACCAGGCGUGCUGGAUCGCUCAUGGCGAUGUGCAAGAGUCAUCUUGGUACACCCGCCGAGCAACCAUCUCCGCCAUCUACCUCGCCGCUGAACUUCACCAACUGACUUCCCCAAAGACAGCACCGGCAUUCUUGGAUUUGCUCCUGGAGAAUGCUGAGCAUGCAGGAAAGGCUUUGGACGAGACGGCUUUUUUUUGCGAGUUAUGUUUGGAAGAGCUGGAGAGGGAUUGUAAGGAGUUCUGGGGUGUUGGUUUGAUCCUGAGGGGUGCGGGGUGUCGUUCACACGCGAGAUAUAUGCAUACUCGUUAGUUUCUAAAACUACAUUUUCGAAGUUGAUGCGUGAUGCAAAUGUCAGGUCUAGUACU